AUGGAUGAAAUUUAUAUAGAAUCUACUCCUAUCAAAAAAGAAAAUUUAAUUGCUCUAACUUUGGAAUCGGCUUUAAUUAUUGUACUAUUCAAGUAUUGUAAUUGUGUGGGGAAAAUUAGCUUGAAAAAUAUAGAAAUUGAGAAUCACAGUAAAUCAAAUCGAAAGUUGAUAAAAUUUGACCCCGACUUCUUGUGCAAUGUUCAAAAAGUUGAAAAUUUAGACUCAUUUAAUGAUUUAGUGAAACCAUUCUAUGUCCGUAAUAAAAAUCAUUCAAUUUCUGGCCUAAGUGCUAUAUGCCGAGAAAUGAUAGUCGCAAGUGAAUCAGAGGAGGUUAUUUUUCUUUUAGGCUUUAACAAUAGUUGCUUGCAGUCUCCUACAGAAAGAUCUUCUUGGACAAAAUUCUGUGAAAUUCUUAUUGUAGACGCUUUUAACAAAAUUGCAGAAAAUUAUGUUAACCCAAAUAAACAUAUAUUUGAAAUACCCGAGGAGUUUCAACAAUUUGAAAAUCAUUUAAAAAAACCUUUAAAAAUCAAUGAUAAGUACAAAAAAGAAAUAAAAAAGUUGAAGGUUAUUAUAAAGGAGGAUUGCAGAUUUUCUGAAUACAACCACCCAACUUUAGCAGAUGUUUUAAUAUUUUUGUGCCUUCAAUUUUCAUUUGAAUUUUUAUCCGAAAAUAUUAAAUUUGAGCUUUUUAAAAUUUUUCCACUUAUUUCAAAGUGGGUUGAAGAUAUGAAAAAAUACGAUAAAAAUUUACUAGUGAUUUUAGAAAAUACAACUUCUUUGAUUUGCAAGUCUGAAAGUAAAACCAAAUUUGAACAAUUGUAUUUUUUGAAGAAUAACUCCAAAGAAGCUUUAACGGACGAUAAUCAAUUUGAAAAAUAUAAACAAUUCAAUAAAAUCCAUACUGUGCAAGCGAAUAUUACUAAAAGUUUCGAGAAACUGAAAGUAAAAGAUAUCAAAUUUUCUAGUGAAAUAAAAUAUAAGAGCAAUUAUAAUUUUGAAUGGAGCUCAAUUCCUGUUGAAAUUCAUCCAGAUCACGGGGGUGUUCCAAAUAAUCGACUUCAACGUAAAAAGGAGCAACUUAAAUGCAUUGUUGAUAUUGUAAUGUCAUUAGCUAAAAAAAAUGAAACGAUUGUCGAUUUUUGUUGCGGAUCUGGACAUUUGGGCAUAAUUUUGGCUGCACUUUUGCCAGAUUGUAGAAUAAUUUUUUUAGAAAGCAAACAAUUUUCAUUACUAGCUAUAAAAGAAAGAGCAAUGCGAUUAAAUCUUAAAAAUUGUUUGUUUUAUCAAUCUAAUAUAGACUAUUUUGUUGGAAAAUUUGACUUUGGAAUAUCACUGCAUGGGUGUGGUACUGCUACUGAUAUUGUUUUACAUAAAUGCCUUCAAAAACGGGCAAAAUUUAUUUGUUGUCCAUGUUGUUACGGUUCAAUAGAUCCUAUGCCGCAUAUAUCGUAUCCAUUAUCGAAAACAUACAAAAAUAUCAUCAGUGAACGUGAAUAUUUGUAUCUAACACAUGCUGCUGACUUAACUAUAAAUUUGGAAAAUGACAUCCAUUAUAUGGAUGUUAUCGAUACUGAUAGAAAAUUAUUUAUCAUGGAGGCAAAUUAUGAAUGUAUGUUAAGUAGAUUAAUUCCAGAAAAUUGUACACCAAAAAAUAGAUUGAUAAUUGGAGUCCCAAAGUAAUGGAUUUUGUCAACUGCAUUAAAUUAUUUGUAGAACAUUUGUUCCAUUCAAUUUGUUAUUUAUAUAAAACAACUUGUUUUAAUAAAAUAAGGAGUAAAUGUUCUCUAGAUUUCGUCAAAUAUAUUAUGGUUGCGUAAAUGAAUAUAACAUUUUCUAUAAAAUUUAGAAUUUAAAAAAGAAAUAACGAAAAAAAUUAUUUUUAUUACUACUGAGUUAUAAAUUUUAUUGUUUAUUUUAAUUUAUCGUCAAGAUCAUGCA